GUGGAGUGAGGAAUCGGCAGUUGGUCCGUGAUGUAGCGACCAUACACUUGCACCCUUGUUGUACACCUGUGAGCACCUUGCCUCCUCGCCUCGACACCUUAGAGCGCUACAGAUUGGUAUUAUCCUCAUGUGUUGGGUGGCGGGCACGCUGGUGGGGCUGUUGCCGCUGAUGGGCUGGUACAACAAAGAAAAGGAGUACAACGAGGUGUGCUACUUCGUGGAUGUGAUGAGUUACCAAUACCUGGUGUUCAUCUACUUUGGCACUAUCGUCUUUCCAGGAGUGCUCAUGGCUGCCUUCUACACUCACAUCUACACCGUCGUUCUCAAGCAGACCAAACUUUCAGUGAGGUCGGAGCACGGGACGCUACGUCAGAUCGCCGCCCAGGAGCCGCAGGGGGACACAGCCUCGGUAGGGACACAGUGCAGUCAAAGGCAACGGUCGUAUAUUUUCCGCAGCCAGAGUCGUGGGCAGGUGAGCGAGUCGUCCAGAUAUGAUCCCCACCGAGCCAGCACCAAUACCAACCUCAACCAGCUGCAAAUACCAAGGAGCCCCAGGUACGGUCAGUAUAAACCCGCGUCUCCUUCAGCACUCCAACACUCACCCCUCCUCGAGCAUGCCGACCUCCAGCUCAGUCCACAUCAUCGUCCGCAUCACCGCCGCCACCUCCACAACGACGGCCUUCACCAGUACUUCCUCCAUCUCCACGGCAAGGAAGGGAGGAGGAGCAGCUUGAAGGAAAUAGAUUCGUGUUCUCAAGAUGAAAACAACGACGACGAGACCGCACAGGACGACGGAAGUGGGAGCAAAGCUGGGAGCGGCGAGGAUAAAGCCAAGGACGCGGAGACACGAGGCGCAGCACAUUUGAUCUUGGACCACCAGCCUCUUCUCGGCCGCUCCAGGACUCCAAGCAUCACGAUUGACUUUGAGACACCCGAGAAGAACGCCUCGCGCUUGCCUUCCUCCCACAGCGAAGAGCCAGGGAAACUCUUGCCGCGCGAAAGACGUAAAAGUGGACAUGAGGGCGUGAUGAGCUUUCACCGGCGGGGCAGCGAAGCUCACUCACGCCGAAAUAGUGAAGGACAUUCCCGUCGGAGCAGCGGGGUUCAUUCCCGGCGGGGAAGCACCCUCUCCUACGUCCUCUAUCAGAUGGCUCAUCCCAACCGGCGUGAAGUAAAGGCUGCUAAGAGUCUCAGUAUCAUCGUGUUGUUCUUCAUGAUCAGCUGGUUUCCACUGUACACCAUCAACUGCGUGCAGGCGUUCUGUAAGCACUGCACAGCAUCCAGCGGCGUUAUGUUCUUCACCAUCACUCUCACGCACCUCAACUCUGCCAUCAAUCCCUUCCUCUACGCCUACCACAUGCAUGACUUCCGAGCUGCCCUCAAGUCCUUCAUCCUGCACCAUGUCCUGUGCCGCCCAGUGGACCCUGACGUGAUGCUCAAUCGCAGUGUGGCUUCACUCCACCACCACUCCACUGUGCACCGCAUCAACAUGAAUGACACUUGCCUCACCAACCUUCACACACCCCGCUCCCACAACAGCCCCGUCUCUGGUUCCCCGAUGGACGGCAUCAGGUCACGGUCUUCCACUCUGGGCAGCUUUGGUCCCUGGGACUCCUACAAGGCUCUGUCCACUUCCGUCUCCUUCCCUUCUUCCCCGGCCUUCACUACACCCUCUUCCAUGGGUGCCCAUACAAAUGACUUUUUAUCCCACCGCCCACAAGCCACCACUCUCAUCAGCCAUGGAAAAUCAACCUUAACCAAAGAUACUCAUGAUACAACAGAUGAAACUUCACAGUCCUUGUUUCCUUCCUCAGUAGCACUCUGUGUACCAACCACUCACCACAGUCACAUGCUCACUUCUCAUGAAACUUUACAUAACAAUAACCUAAACAAUAACCUAUCACAAACUGACCAGCAACCAUGUCUCACCUACUCUGUUGCUUCCUUGCCACCACCACAAACAGAGAUGGAUGAUGCAGCUGAUUCAUCAGUAAAUGACGACCAUCACAGGUGGUCUCUAGGGCCUGACCAGUAUGAGGAGCCACCAACAAGGAGUGAUUCUGAGGCAACAGUGCAUGUUUGGGAUGUUCUGAAACCAAAAGAAAUUAACAACAUGCACAGUUUUUCUGAACCUGAAACUGUGAAUACCACUGUUCAACCCCUAAGUGACUCAUCACUGACAGGUUCUGUCUCCACUGACACCAACAAAGAACACAACAGUAAACAAGAAGAAUCCUCAUCUUGUGUGGCUUACUCUGGUACUUUUCCUUUAGCUCCAACAGCCUCAAUAGAGACAUUGCAUGACUCACCCUGCAAUGGUAUAAGCCAGCCUAGCCAGGAUGGCACUGAAGCAGCUUCAGUGAAUGAUGAGGCAGUGAGCCAAGUUGUCUCUGGAAGAUUGAGCAACCAGGCUAUGGAGAUCACUGAUGCAUCUGGCAUCAUUCAAAGUGAUGCACAGACACCAACUUCUCUGCUUUCCAAUGGCAGUGCAUGUGGCCCUAUGCACAGCAGUCCUGAGGAAGGCCUUUUCUCUCCUACCUCCCCUGUGGAGCUUGGCCCAGAAGCCCUUAUUCCUCAGGUCACAGAGAGUGAACCAUCAAUUUUUUUGAGGCAGCUUGGUAAGUAUCUCCCAAAAAUCUUACAAAAGAAGGAAGGCAGCCAGCGACCACGGUUUUUCAGAUUACAGAAUUGGUGGUCACAGGACUCGAGACACAAGUCUUACCACGGGAUAUCUCUGGAAUCUGGGGAUCCCACCCUCACCAGGCGCGCUCGCAGCGUUAGUGGUGCAAUAGGGACGUAACAGUUAUCCUACACUAUAGUCUUGUGGACCUCAGGGACCAUCCCUGCUUCCCCUUGUGGUGAUAGUUUGCUGUAAAUACUUGUGACAUUGGUCAUUUGCAGAAAUUACAUGAGAAAAAAUUAGAUGGCUCCAGUGCUGUCUGCAUGUCAAUUUGGUCCAAGAGGAGCAGUGUAUCCAUUGAUGUUGCUUCAUAGCGUAAGCACACUAAAUGGCCUCCCCAUGUAGUGUUACCUUGUGCUUAUGGGGAAGAUGGAACAUCCUGCUGUCCUGCUGGUAAUGGGCUCAGGAAUGUGCAGUUGUAACUGUGGAAUGUGCAGUUGUGGUGUUGUAACUGGGUGCUGAUAGGGGCUGUGCUGGAAGUGUGGAGAAGCCAAGGAGCUGCAAGGCCAAGUGUAACUUUUGUUGGUUGACAGUGGGUACUCUUUGAAACAAGAGAUCAGGAGCCACACAACACCAGUGUUGAACAUCCUUGACUUGCCCCUGCUGCUGCCCUGGGCUCCAUGUCCUUACUGUGACCUUGUCAGUAUUAUCUAAUCAGUAAUAUACUUUAUACAAAUGAUGUGCAGGUAUUAUAAAUUAUAUUUUCACAUACCUAUACCUAAGUGUUCUUGUAUACCAUCCCGGAUGGUAGUCUUGGAAGAGCAUCUCGUUGUGCAUUAUGCUGAUAUGUAAUACUCGUGUCCAUUGUGUGAUUACACGUGCAAAAUGUAUACUUCCUGUCGUUGAGCCUUUGUUAUCAGUAGCUGAUUCAGUAUGUUUUUACUCCAUGACCCAUACAUAAUCUCUCUAGACAAUACUUUGGGUUAUGAUCCUGAAAUCCAUAAACUUUCCUGCUUUAUGUUGUCUUAUGUAAUUUUGUUAGUGUUUUUAUUCUAAAAGAACUUUGUCAGGUGUAAUCCAGAUACUCUGUCAGUGGUCCCUGGGCACAUGCAGUGUUCUAGUGGCCCUUCAUUGUGUCUACAUUAUUUACUGCUGAGUGUUGCAUCACAACAGGGGGCAACUGAGGAAGCUGUGUGCUAAGCACAGGAGAACUCAAGCUCUGGCCAAGCCUUGGGGGAGAGGCUGCAGGUGCUGGCAUGAAACUGAUAAGUGCAAAUCUAUUAUAUUCAUAUGAGGACACCUGCUUGCUGGCAUGAGUUUAGGUGUGGCAGGUGAAAUGUCUGAGGUCUAUAUUUUUAUUUGAGGCUUAGCAGUUAACAUCAAUACAAGAACAACCUUUUAUAUGAAAUUCCAUUGGCAAAAGUGUAAUGUGUACACUAUAAAUAGUUUAAUGUAAGAUUAAGUGGUAACUGUUGUGAUUUUUGUGGAACCUUUACCUGUGGCAAUUCCUCUUGUGCAUCAUUGCAUUUUGGAGUCACAGUGCAAGCUACAGCAGCAAGUGUGUGUGUGUGUGUGUGUGUGUGUGUGAAAGGGAAGAAGUGAAUAAACAGAUCAGUGAGAUCAUAUGUAAGGAAAUAAGGGUAGUAAGAGAUUAGUGAAUGCCUGGAUAAAGAAGUGAAUGAGUGAUUGACAGGAUAGGUGUGUGAGUGAGAACAUAACUGUGAAGUGGCUGGCUGGCUGCCUCCCCCACCUGGGGUAUUUCAGCCAUUACAUGUACUGAAUGACAAAUAUGGUUAACUUUAGCUUUAAAGGGGGAACUAUUUUUAGGUCUGUGUCAAAUACAUUGUCAUCAAAUAACUGAGCAAUGUUUGAUGUCUUUUCAUUGCUUCUUCAAGAUCAAUAUUUUUCAUUAUGUGUUGACAUAUAUUUUUGUUUUAUUGAUCAGGCAGAUGAGUUAUUCUAAAGGAAGCUUUACUGAUAUUCUGAGUAAAACCUGGCUAACUUUACUGAUAUUCUGAGUGAAACCUGGCUUUGAAUAAAGUGUCAAGACAG